GCCGACUGCACUGCAGGGAAAGGGAGGGCCUCCCCCGAAAACUCACCUCGCGAACGAGCUGACUCCGGACGCGCUCCCCUUCAGCGUCCAGCGCACAUCGACCGACGCAGUGGUGCACGCGCACUGCCUCCGGGGCUUUCGGGGACCCUACUGCGAGACUUCCACUCUCGCGAGAGAAGUUUGCGCCUGCGCAUGGCGGGCGGGGCCUGCGUGACGCUAGGAUUCAAAUGUGUGGCGCGUUCUUUCGAGGAGACUGGAGGGCGACCGUCCGUCCGCUCAGCAGCUCUCAGUAUGAAUCCUAUCCAGAGUUUCCACUGUAAGCUGCGGGGUCUGGCCACCAUGCUGGACGGCGAGACGGCCCGGCUGCUGCGAGCGCUGGAUGGCGAGGACAGCGACUUUGAAGAUACUCCAGUGAGAAUUUUGUAUAACCUUCAUUCAGAAGUCCAGACUCUAAAGGAUGAUGUUAAUGCUCUUCUUGAUAACGCCAGAUUGGAAAGUCAAGAAAGCACAAGCUUCAUAAAGGCAACAAAAGUACUGAUGAAAAAAAAUUCAGCAGACAUCAUAAAACUAAGAGAGUUUUUCCAGAAGUAUGGAUACCAAGCACGUGACAAAGAGGAUUCAGCAUGUGAGCACAGAGGGAGUAACUCCACCCCAGAGUUAGCUGUGUGUAAAGACAUUCAAAAGCCUGGUGUGAAGAAUGAACUGACUGAUCCCUGUGUUCCGAGCAGUUCUGUUUCUGAAGAGCCUCUACGAAGCCCACAGCUUUCAGACUUUGGACUUCAGCGGUACAUGGUUUCCCAAGUCCCAGCAAACCCUCCCCAGACAACUGUCAGCCUCAAAGAAGAAUGUGUACCUGACACCUCUCCUGCCAAAGAACCCUCUGGUCACGUGCUGAAGACCCCUAGAUGUGCUCUAAAGAUGGAUGAUUUUGAGUGUGUAACUCCUAAGUUAGAACACUUUGGUAUAUCCGAAUAUACUCUGUGUUUAAAUGAAGAUUAUACCAUGGGACUUAGAAAUAUGAAGAACAUUAAAAGUUCCCCUCUGAGCAGUGCCAGUGGAGAAGCCACAGGGACAGGGCCUGUGACCAGUGAUAAUUCUUUUGCCAUUCCUGGUCCCAUAAUCCAGCAGCUGGAAAAAAACGAUGCGGAAUGCAUAAAUUCACCAUUGCCACCUAAAUUCUGCACUCCUGGUUUGAAAAUUCCUUCUAAAAUGGACAGGACAUAUUUGGUAUCUAUGGAUUAUUCACUAUCAAAACCAAAUAGUUCAUCAACUGAUUUGGAAGUUAAAGAUUGUGCUCCAUUAAUUUUAAAGUCCGAUGAAUGCUAUCAGAGUUUUGCAGACCCCCCUUCUCCAACAAUUACUUCUUGUGAAAAUUUCACAACACCCUCUCCUCCAAAAGUCACUGCGAUUCCAGAAGACAUUCUCCAGAUGAUAACAAAGCACAACUCAAACCUAGCUUUUCCCAUGGAUGUUAAAGCGAUGCCACCGAGGAAAGGCUUCCUCAAGUACGAGGGGCGGAGCCCCAGCAGUACUGCCAACAAGGAAAACUGGAACCGGAAUUCUACUGUGGAUCGAUCCAAUACAGAAGCUGGACAGAAACAGGAAAGUGAGCUGCACUAGAGUUGUCAGAACUGUCCCUGGUUAACACAGCAGUAGAGGUGGAUGGAGGGCUCCUGCUGCCAGUCAGUCUGCGUUCCUCACAGCCUUUCUCUUUUAUCUCAUUCUCCAACUUCCAUCUCCAGCUUGACCACCCAGCAGAUCCUAAGUCUACCUGGAAGAAUCUGAACACCUCUGAGCCAGAAGCCUUGGGAACAUCUUGAUUCUAGAACUAUCUAAUGGCCUUUGAGCCCAAAAUCCUUCUGACCCAAGAACAACUAGAAAGUAAUUCUCCAAGUUGAUGACAGUGCUACGGGGAGAGCUCUGCUCUGCAGCCAGGCAGGGAGGGGGAACCUGCUGUUCUUGUACAGACCGGCUACAAUUUUGAGAAAUAAUUGAAAAAUACUAAUUGACUUACUAGUUGUACGAAUUUUUUUUUCCCAAUACAGGUCUCUCUGUGUAGCCAUGUCAGUCCAGAAACUCACUCUAGUCCAGGCUGGCCUCAAAUUCAGAGAUCCUCCUGUCUCUGCCUCUUGAGUCUAGGCUAAAGAUGUGCACUACCAUCAUCCGGCAGCUUUAGGAAAUUUUGUGUAGCAUAAAGAUUAUUCUAAUUGUGCAUUGAAAAUCAAGUGGAGGGCUGGAGAGAUGGCUCAGUGGUUAAGAGCACUGGCUGCUCUUCCAGAGGUCCUGAGUUCAA